AUGGAAAACAGAUUUAAGAACCUAGCCCUGGGACGGUUAAAAAGAAGCAGCUUUAUACACCAAGCAAAAAGAAUAUGUAGACAAACUCCUGACCUUCCAGAAAUUGGCUGCCCACUAAAAAGUAUUCCGGAACAAACCCCAUGGAGAGAAAAAUGUAAACUAACGGUACAAAUCCAGACAAAUGUGAAAGGGAUAUUUGACAAGAAAGAGCAAGAUAGUGUACAACGCAAAAUGGCCACCCUCAGUUAUAUUGAUGAAGAAUACCCACAAGAACAAUGGGUCAGAGUCUAUACAGAUGGGUCCGCAGAAAGUGCAGUUAGAAAUGGUGGUGCUGGAGUGUACAUCGAAUUCCCAGAUGGUACUAGGGAUAAGUCCAGCGUACCAACCGGGAAGUACUGCCAUAACUACGAUGCAGAAACCCAGGCUAUUAAGAUAGCUACAGAUAAACUGCUAAAUAGCAACCUUGGCUCACAGUAUGUGGUAAUGCUGACAGAUGCUAAAUCAGUACUUGAAGCACUCCAGUCUAGGAAACUACCAGAAUUGCAAACACUGCUGACACAACUCAGCGUUCAGCGAAGAGUCGUAAUGCAGUGGAUACCGUCUCAUUGUGGAGUGCCUGGAAAUGAGAAAGCUGAUCAACUGGCAGGGGAAGGUGCGAAAAAAGAGCAGCCAGAUGUACCAGUCACAUACCACCAAAAGAAAAGAAUCAUUAAAUCGAUCAGGAAACCACCAGCCCCAGCACAAGACGACUAUUUUAUUAUGGACAGACCAGAACAAGUCAUUAUCUUCCGCCUCAGAACAGGGCACAACCGAUUACGUAACCACAUGUACACAAAAUUCAAGAUAGGUGUAUCAGCCAUGUGCACCUGUGGAAAUGUGCCCCAGACCGCAGAGCAUGUACUCCAGGACUGCACCGAUUUUGACACAUUAAGGCAAACCUUUUGGCCAGAAAGAACAACAGUGGAACGUAAACUCUAUGGACCACUGAAUGAACUAACAACGACAUUUCUCUUAUUUGACAUUUCAAGACUAUCAGUAUUUUACUAA